AUGAUCUACCGCAACUGGUCCCUGCUCUCCUCCACGGUGGUCAUCUGGGGCAGCGUCGGCGCCGCCGGCCUCGCCGGGAUCUUCCUCUUCGGCGGCAAGGAUGUGCUCUAA